CCCCAUCAAGAUCAUGCACUUUGAGUCCCAUUACACCAAACUCCAGGCUGACUCCAAUUAUCUACUGUCUGAGGAGUACGAGGUAAGACUGGAUCACAUUCACUGUCCGUUGGGCAAUCUCGAUCACGAGUACAUUUACAUAAAGUCGGAAUAUUCCUAUUUACUUUACUUUAAUAAAGAAAACAAUAUAGACGUAUAGAUUCUUUUUCCUGCUCUGAUACCUCUCCUUUCAUUUAACGUUUUUUAAAUGGUAGAUUGAUUGUGACAUUUUAUGAAAUGCAUACAGUAUUUAUGUGCAGUGGGUAUCUUUGGUAACCCUAACGUGUCACUUCCUGUGUAAGGACCUGAAAGACGUAGGAAGGAAUCAGCCCCUGGACACAGCCCUACUGCCAGAGAACAGAGGGAAGAACCGAUACAACAACAUCCUUCCCUGUGAGUUAGAUGCAUCAUGGGAUUUCACCAUGGGUUUGAAUACAUAGACAAAAGACAAGGGGAUUGAGAGAUUUCUUUCUUGUCAAUAUGACAACUAAAUUGCCAACUCAAUGUCUUUGUGCACGGCCUGUGUUGUGUAGACGACUCGACCCGUGUGAAGCUGUCCUAUGUGGAUGAUGAUCUGUGCUCUGACUACAUCAACGCUAGCUACAUUCCUGUAAGUUAUCCAAACAAACGGACAAAUCCGAACCAACCUUCACUCUGGUCAAAUCCCCUCUGUUGUGUGGGUGGGUGGCUAGAGGUGGUUGGGAGGGGUGGGGUAGGGCUGGGGGGCUGGAGGUGGUUGGGAGGGGUGGGGUAUGGCUGGGGGGCUGGAGGUGGUUGGGAGGGGUGCGGGGGGGGGAGAGGGGUAUAAUGUUAACAAAGACUGUACUGCAUAAAUCAGUGGUUCCCAAACUUUUUUGGCCCGCGACACCAUUUUUAUAUCUAAAUUAUUGAGUUACCCACCAUGUAAAAAAAGUUAUGUAAUGAAUGUUUACCUUUUGAAUUUGGGUAUGACAGUCUAUUACAAAUCAGUCUGACAGUAUUUUUUACAGUAUUUCAAUCUGAAGACAGUAUGGUUUGAAGUGACUGAAAUGCAUCAGAAAGGUAUUGGGAAGUCAUCAGGCAAUAAUGUUGUAUGAUCUUCUCUGUAGAAAAUAACGUACUCAUUAAAGAUGUUAUUUUUCCCCCAGUCUGAUUUAGUACCUAGUAUUGUCUGCCUGGUUCUAACAGCUUGUGGGCAUAGUAGAGGGAAACAGUAUGUACGUACAUACGUGUUCCUUAGAGUCAUAUCUUUCAGUGAUGGGAUCAUAAUAUUUUGUAUCUUACUUAAACUAUUCAAAAGAUAGAGCCACAUUUGUCGGAAGAAAACAGAAACCACUCUGUUCAUUACAACCACCUCUAGCGGCUACCAGAGGUUACUAAUGUAACCCCGGUUCUAUGAACCAAGCGCAAAUGUUCUCUCGCGACCCCAUUUUCAAAUCAGGCGACCCCACGUUUGGCAAACCCUGCCAUAAACUCAGUUACUCUGAUUGAUUGAUUCUCAGCCCUAUUCCUCAAUUAGUAUUCAUGGGAUUAAUUACUUACUACACUCCCUGUGGAGCAUAAGGCUGUAACAAGGCGGACAAUCCUUUGCAGCUUUUUCAGCUUCUCCAUUAAACUUACCUAGUGUAAUAAGGUUGACUAACCGAUGCCCCCGCACAUUGACUCUGCACCGGUACCCCCUGUAUAUAAUCUCCCUACUGUUAUUUUAUUUUACUGCUGCUCUUUAAUUAUUUGCUUUUUUUUAAAUAAUCUUUAAACUGCAUUGUUGGUUAAGGGCUUGUAAGUAAACAUUUCACUGUAAUGUCUACACCUGUUGUAUUCGGCGCAUGUGGCAAAUAAGAUUUGAUUUGAUUUGAGAUUAAAAACGAAAUGAAAUCUCUUCUUGUUUCAGGGGAACAACUUCCGUAGGGAGUACAUCGCCACUCAGGGCCCACUUCCAGGAACCAAAGAUGACUUCUGGAAGAUGGUGUGGGAGCAGAAUGUCCAUAACAUUGUCAUGGUGACCCAGUGUGUGGAGAAAGGCAGGGUGGGUAGAAGGAGCUGCCUUUUUGCUUCGUUCGGACCAGUGUUGUCCAUUUGGAGUAGCUGCUAUCAUGUUCUAUUGAACAACAUGUUAUUACAAUGUUGUUACUAGUGCAAGUACAAUGUUACUAUCUAUGUGUCUUUGUGUGGUCCCUCCAGGUGAAGUGUGAUCACUACUGGCCCUUCGACCAGGAACCUCUGUAUUAUGGAGACCUCAUAGUCCAGAUGCUGUCUGAAUCUGUGCUGCCAGAGUGGACUAUCCGGGAAUUCAAGAUUUGCAGUGUGAGUGUGCAGGACAAUGAUUCUGGAAACUGAUUUUAAAAAUACUAGGUUGUUUUGUGUAAAGUUAUAUAUUGUGUGUUGGCCUUAUAUACAAUAUACUACAUGUAGUUCAAUUAGUAAUUGAUCUACAUUUUGCAGUAGUUUGUUGGUAGUUGAACGAAAUUCAAAUCUAGGUAGUGUUUUCAGUAGUUAAUUACUUAUUUUGCCAUGUAGCGGUGUGGCUAACUACUUUUGCAAAAAGACAAGAAAAUAUGGGUGAAUUAGGCAAUAAUUUCAUAAUUUUUCAGUAUCAGACCUGCCUAAUUCUCACUUUAAAUAUGUUGUUUUGUGUUUAAUAGGCAAAAUUACACAUUCUGUUAACAUAUGAUCUUAAAGUGAUCUGUUCUUGCAAUUUGUAGUCUAUGACAUUUCAGAUUUAUAUAAGAUACAUUUUCACAAAGUAGUUUGGUUGUAGUGAACUACUUUUUCUAAGUAACUUUAGUUAGCUAAGUAAACUUUUUCUUAAGGGUAGCUUUAGUGUAGCUUAACUUCUUCCAGUGUGAAGUAAUUGGUAGCUUGUUAAACUAUAUUUUCAGAGUAGCUUCCCCAGCACUGUUGAAAUAUGACCAUAAUUGGGUUCAGCUAAUACUUUCUUGAUGUGUCAUUAUGUGACAGCACAUACAGUAAGUAAGUAGCGAGCUGUGUAGUCAGCCUCUAGCAAGUCUCUCUUUCUGACUGUGUCUUAACUCCCAUGCAGGAGGACCAGUUGAACUACUCCAGGGUGGUGCGUCAGUUCCACUACACAGUGUGGCCCGACCAUGGCGUCCCAGAGACCACUCAGUCACUCAUCCAGUUCGUCAGGACCGUCAGGGACUACAUCAACAGGACCCCUGGGUCUGGGGCCACUGUGGCUCACUGCAGGUGGGUCACUGUCCCAACUCCCUAGUCUCCGCAUUAAAAAAAAACAACUCCCUAGGACACACUGAGAUAUAGUGUCUUGUCUUCCCUGAAGAGACAGUAUAGUUACAGCAUGCAGUAAUGACCAGAGUUGGGUUCAAUUCCAUUUCAAUUCAAAAGAAAUUGACUGAAAUUAUGUAGCCAAAUUAUAUUUCCCCUCUCCAUUUAGGUAACGUGACUAAACUGUAUUUGCCCUCCGACCCUCUUUCUCUCUGUCUGUCUGUCUCUCUCUCUCUAUCGUUCUUUCACACUCUCUCUCUCUCUCUCUCUCUCUCUCUCUGUCUCUCUUUCGUUCUCUCUCUCUCCCUCGCCGUCUCCCUCUCCCUCUCCCGCUCCUUCUCCCUCUCCUCUCUGUCACAGUGCUGGUGUGGGCCGUACAGGGACCUUCAUAACCCUGGACAGAGUCCUGCAGCAGCUGGACACCAAGGACACAGUAGACAUCUACGGCGCUGUCUUCGACCUGCGCCUCCACCGCUCACACAUGGUGCAAACUGAGGUGAGACGGGUGUGUGUGUAUGUGUGUGAGAUACAGUUUGAGUUUUACUCUGUGUUACUCUGUGUGUAUGUGCAGUUGUGUGUGAACUCCAGAACCUGUGUUAUGUAAUAACACAUCCUGUAGAGACAUUUAUAUAUCUGGGUAUGUUUAUUUUCUUUACAGUGCCAGUAUGCAUAUCUCCACCAGUGUAUGAGAGACGUCCUCCGAGCCAGGAAGCUUCGCAGUGAGCAGGAGAACCCCCUCUACCCCAUCUAUGAGAAUGUCAACCCUGACCCCCAAAGUGGUAAGCCCUCACAUUCCUUAGAACUCUUUGUAUUGUAGUUCAUAACUGAAAGACAUCACAGAUGAUCUAUCCUUUCAAAUAUUAGCCUGGUGCAUGGUCCAGUCUGUUUGUGCUUAGCCAACUCCUGUCUGGGUUAAAGUAAUAUAAUAUUAUAUAUGCCAAUUAGCAGACACUUUUAUCCAAAGUGUCUUACAGUCAUGCGUGCAUGCAUUUUACAUAUGGGUGGUCCCGGGAAUCGAACCCACGAUCCUGGCAUAGCAAACGUGUAUGACAUGGCAACGAUAGUAGAGAUGGCUAUAACACUUACAGUUAUACGAUCAGGCUAGUCAAGUAACCCUUUCAAACACAAAACGCAGCUACACAAAUCUAGGAGGUUGGAUAGCUGGAUGACAUCACAAAUUAUCUUUUUUGUUUGUUUUUGGCCUACAGAUAUGGUGUAUGCCAGACGU